AUGCUCGUCGUGCUGCUUCAGAUACAAUCAAUAAAAAUUUCAACUAUAGAUAAUGAUUUGCCAAUAGAAGAAUGUGAAGAAGGUUCCCUAUAUCGAUGGACUGAUUCAUGUGUUAUUCUUUUAUUACGGACGUAUCAGGAACUAGAAACAAAAUUUACUAAUGGAAAGAUGUCACACAAAAAAUGUUGGGAACAGGUGGCUACAUUAUUAAAGGAAAAGGGAUACAAUGUAACGGGCCCUCAAUGUGCUUCAAAAUUAAGAAGUUUGAAAAAAACGUAUAAAUCGAUAAAAGAUUACAAUGCCAAAUCUGGCAACGAUCGACGUACCUGGCAACAUUUUGAGAUCAUGGAAGAAAUAUUUGCAAAAAGAGCUUGGUGCAAACCUGUUGCGCUUGCUUCAUCAAGUGGAUUAUUAAUAAAAAAUACGUCUUCUACAAGUUCAUGUACUAAUGAUAAUUCUUCUGAUGAUGAUAUUAGGUCUUCAGGCAGUACAAAGAUUACACGGACAUUAAUGGCAAAAUUGCUAGAAAAAAGACUUUCACAAAAGAGAUUCAUGAACAGCGAAAACAAAAACGUCAUGAAGAUAGAAUGGUCAUGGAAGAAAAACUAA